CAGAAGAGGCAGUGGCCUCCGAUCACUGGCUUUGGCUCACACUUGAUUCUUGUGGGGAUCAAUUGAUGGAACAAUAUUAAUGGAACAAGCAAAGGAAGCAUCAGGCGUUGUAAUAGGGGAAGCCGCUGGUGCUGCCUCCCUUUUGUUGCGGAAAUUGAAGGGAUACAUCGAAACCAAAAGUUGUAGCUCAAAAUUGCGAAAGGAAUUGAAGGCACUGAAGGGUGAAAUCCAGCAUCUCUUAACUAACUUUGCAGAAGUAGAAAGAAACCAUGCUAGGCUGUUCGAUGAUCAAACUACUUUAACUGACCAAAGUUUUCAACAAGAAGUGUUAUGGAUGAGUACCUCAAAGGAUGUCAUCAGCAAUAUUGAAGAUGAAGUUGACCAGAUCAUGACAGUACACCAGUCCAACAACAUCAACGCUACCCCGAAGCUUUUUUGGAUGCUGCCUUGCACUGCAGUAGCCAAUUGUCGCACUAUUAAGAAGCACUUGACAGUCAUUCGGGAAUUGCAGAAUGGAGGAAGAAAAUCCAGGCAUCAUGUCUCAGAGUCACAAGCAGAACACUCGUCAGCUGCCCCAGUGGCCGGGGUUGAUAAUAACAACAACGGUAAUGACAUUCAAGUGGAUUUCCCCCAAGAAAACAAGGGAGUAGAGGGACAAGAUAAGGGUAAAAGCUAUCCUGCUAACUGCAGCAGUACAACAAGGGAAAAGAUAGAGGAGGAGCUGGUACAAUUCCUUACGGACAAAAGAAAUGAAGACUUCCCCGCCCUUAUGUUGGUUACUGGGAUGGCAGGUGUAGGGAAAACCUUCCUCGUCCAAAAGGCGUUCAAUAAGGUGAAACAAACUAGUUCUGCUGCUUUUUGGAUCUCCUACGAUUCUUCCCUGGAGAAGAAAGAUAUUCUGGCCAAUCUUUACGAGAAUGUCAUUUUGAUGGAUUGCACUUAUGUACUACUUCCAACUUACGCUCGGGAACAUAUGGAAGUAACAGGGUUGCAAGAGCAUUUGAAAUGUAAGUUAAGUUUGUUAGAAAGCUCCAUACUCAUUGUAGAUGACGUACCAGAUGUCAAAGAAGCAUGGGACUUGUUUUCCCAAGCUUUCCCUAACAGUGGGAAGGUAAUUUUCAUCACUCACAACAUCGAAUCAGCCAAGGCAUUCAAAUGCGACAUCACCCCCACUUGCCUUGAGGUUGAUAAACUAAAACAUGAGGAUGCUUGGAAACUGUUCCGUGAGACUGUAUCUAAACACCCCAAGUACAAUCAUCCAUGGGGAUGUCCCGAGUCUCUGAAGAUCGCCGAAGCCAUCGUGAGAGACUGUCAUGGAGUACCCCUUCCCAUCGUCACAAUUGCCACUCAACUUGCAAAUCAGGGGAUGCACUCUUCUGUCGGGUCUAUGCUUCGUGCAAAUUUAGUAAAGAAAUCCUUCCUUCCUACUGCCACCACUGAAACUCAAACCCAUCCUGCUGAUCAUAACAUCAGUAAUAAUGCUAUUCUGAUGCUCUGUUAUAAUGCACUAUGUUUUCCGCUAAAAUAUAUAUUGUUGUACUGUUGCUUUUACCUAAGAGGUCCUGAAAUACCAGAGAAGAAGUUAAUACGGCUGUGUGUGGCUGAAGGCUUAGUGGAGGACACAGAAAACACCAUAGCAGAAGUAGCUGCAGCAGAUUGCUUGGACCAGCUGGUUUACUGUGAGCUAAUUGUGAGGAGAGACAUCCCUGGAAAACCUAGAACUUACAGGAUCAAAGACAAAUUGAGAGAGCUUGCUCCCCAUAUUGUUCCCAAACCCCGAAAGUAUACUCGUCCCUUAUGGAUCACUGACAACGUCGUUAGUUUCACAGGCAACUCCAGCAACACCACUAUUGACUCCAUCAGCCAGAAGGAUAUUGCCUUUGUACGCUCUUGCUUCGUUUCCCAAUCCCAGCAGAAGUCUGGGAAGAACCCUGAAAGCGAGAACUCUGAGCCAACUGCAGAAAUACAAGAGAAGUCUGAGAUGAUCCACCAACAGAAAAAAAAGACUGAGCGCCCUAAAAUCUUUCCAUUGCUGAUUUGGGGUUGCCAACUAUUGAGGGUGUUAGACUUCACAGAUGCAGAAUUCAUCGAAGAGCUCCCAGAUCAAUUGGGCGAUAUAGUCCAUUUACGUUAUUUGGGGUUAAGGAGUACAAAAAUUAAAAAGCUCCCACAGUCGCUAUCCAGAUUAACCAAUUUACAGUGUCUAGAUAUCAGAGACACAAAGGUGACCAGCUUACCAGUUUCCAUGAUGAGGCAUGAUAAGUUCAGACAUCUUCAUCUUGCAAAGUCCUUUAUGAGAAAGGUGGUGGAUAUGCAGUUGACAAAGAAACUCGAAGCUCCCAACCUGCAAACCCUUGCAGGAGUGAAAUCCACCAAUCCUUUGCUGGAAACACUUCCAAAAUGGAUUCGUCUCCGGAAAUUAUCAAUUGGUCGCGUUAAAGGUUUUCAAUCCUCCAACUUGUGUGAUGCCAUCAACAACAUGAAGCUCCUCCAUUCCUUGGCAAUCAAAACUCACGGAGUUGAAGAACUCAACAUGGACACUCUAAUAAAGAAUGGCUCCCUCGAGACUCUGAAGGUUGGAGGAUGCAUAGUGUCAUUGGCUCAUGUAGUCCACUGCUUUGGCUCUCUCACUCGGCUAUAUUUGUGGGAUAACAUGUCGAAUGAUGACCCAUUCCAAUGCCUACACAAUCUCAACAACCUCAUUGUUCUCUGUCUAUCAAAUGCCUAUCGUGAAAAGGAAAUGAAAUGCUGCACGGGAUGGUUUCCUAAUUUGAAGAAACUAUCCAUUCAGCGUAUGAGAAUGCUUGAGGUGUUUGAAAUAGAGAAAGGCGCAAUGGAAAAUCUUGAAAAUUUUUUAGUUGGUUAUUGUCCCAGAUUAAAGCCAACACGCGAAGGGGGUGCUGUGCGAGACCUUGACUACCUUCAGCAUUUGAAGCUUGUGCAAAUCUCUCAUAUGCCACUGAAAUAUGCUGAAGGGCUGGCGGAAGACCCCCCCAAUGGCUAUCAUUCUGCUCGCUUUCACAUUCAUGUGUUUCCGCAGAACGAGUUCAAAGAUCAAUUCCGAGGAGGAGAACGUAUACUAGAGUCCAAUACGCCAGGGAAACAACUUGAGGGAAUUGAAUCAAUCCAUGAACUCCGACUUCGGAGUGCACUUAAUUCUUUUCCUUAUUUCUUCUGAGUGUCAGUCAAGAGGUGUUCACCAUGCUUUAUGCACGUUGCACAAAAACCUGUACAUCGUUAAAAAUAGAAUAUUAGAUAAUAUUUGAUUGUUAAGUGUAUCUAAUUGAUUUGAGAAUACAAGUGGUUGAGUCAUAGGCCUUGUUAUGUGGUUAAUGUUGGAAAGUGAGUGGUCAAUAUUUAUCUUGCAACCUAUAUGUAUGUUAAAUAUAUAAAAUACAUGUAUGAAAAAUUAUUU